AAGCAUUGAAGUAACUGAGGAACUCUUUUCUCAGUUCGACAAUAUUUCGGAAUCGGUCCAUUGUUCAGUUUAUUUUAAGUUUUUUUUAUAUAUAAUAUAAACUAUAUGAUGGCUGUAGUGCGAGGUGUUGAUAUUUCAAUCAAUUUCUGGUUCGAUAUUUUUUUACGAAUAUUUUUGGCAUUUUUAAUUGUGACGCUAGAAAAAACAGAACCCUUUAACAGAAAAAUACACGAUGAUGAAUUAUGGUUAUAUAAAAAUCCGAAGACUGAUUCUUACGUUCCGACGACUGUUUUAUGGCCAUUAGUAUUUAUCACUCCCGCACUAGUCAUUACUUGUACUUUUUUAAUUUAUAAGGAUAAAGUUGAUUUUGCUCAAGCUGUACUCGCAGUUACGUUAGCUCUUGGUUUAAAUGGACUGAUUACAAAUGUUAUAAAGAUUAUUGUAGGAAGACCACGACCAGAUUUUUUUUGGAGAUGUUUUCCUGAUGGGUUAGCAAAUGUAGAAUUAAAUUGUACAGGAAAUCCGAAUGAAAUAAGGGAUGGAAAAAAAUCUUUUCCUAGUGGACACUCAUCAUUUGCAUUUGUAAGUUUUGGAUUUACUGCAUUAUAUUUAGCUGGAAAAUUAAAAACGUUCAGUCUGUCUGGUAAAGGCAAUUCUUGGACAUUAUGUUGUUUUUUACUACCCUUGAUAGGAGCUCUGUGUAUUGCAAUAAGCCGUACUUGUGAUUAUCAUCAUCAUUGGCAAGAUGUUGUUGCUGGAUCUCUUAUUGGAUUUUUGAUAACGUAUAUGUGUUAUCGACAUUAUUAUCCGUCACUUGAUUCUCAUGUAUGUUAUAAAUCAUAUAUUACCAUAGUGAAGCAUGGAGAGUUAAAAAGUAUUCAGUCUUUACGAGAAGACCAAAUAAAAUGGAUAUAAAAGUUUUCUUUUUU